AAGACAUACAGAAUCAACGCUCUUGUCUAAAGUCCAGAGACCGUCUGAUUCUAGGCCCAACUACUUCUUUCACAUCCCACUCGUGUGUCCCGCACGUGUUACAACGGAUCUCUCUCUCUCUCUCUCUCUCUCUCGCUUUGUCGCCCAAGAUCUAAACUACGUGCAAGGCUCUCUGAGUCUCUAUGUAACUUUCAUUCUCUUCGAUCUUGAUGGUCUCGUCUCGUUUCCUGAUUUCAUAGCCAUCUAUCUACUAACCCUAGAAAAGAAAUUCACUCCAUUUUCACCAAACCAGUGAGAGAGAGAGAGAGAGAGCUUCGAAGAUGGCUUUCAUGGCGGUCUUGGAAUCAGAUCUCCGCGCUCUCUCCGCCGAGGCUCGCCGCCGAUACCCCGCUGUCAAAGACGGUGCCGAGCACGCCAUCUUGAAGCUUCGUUUGUUAUCAAGCCCCAGUGAAAUAGCUCACAAUGAGGAUAUUUUACGAAUAUUUUUGAUGGCUUGUGAGGUCAGAACUGUCAAGUUGAGUGUUAUUUCGCUAUCAUGUCUACAAAAGCUCAUUUCUCAUGAUGCGGUUGCUCCAUCAGCCUUAAAAGAGAUACUUGCAACCCUUAAAAAUCAUGCUGAAAUGUCAGAUGAGAGUGUUCAACUCAAGACCCUUCAGACUAUAUUAAUAAUAUUUCAAUCACGCUUACAUCCUGAAAAUGAGGAGAAUACGGCUCAAGCUCUUGGUAUCUGUCUUCGGCUUCUUGAAAGUAACCGAUCCUCUGAUAGUGUGCGGAACACUGCUGCAGCUACAUUCAGGCAAGCGGUAGCCCUGAUCUUUGAUCAUGUGGUUUGUGCUGAGUCUCUUCCUACUAGCAAGUUUGGUUCUGGCGGUCAAACCUCUCGCACUGGUACAGUUACUGGUGAUGUUAGUCGCGGCAUCAACCGUUCAGAGUCAUUGGAGAAUGAAUUUGUCUCUGGAGGGCUGUCAUUGAUGAGGGAGACCAUGAGUAAAGCUGGCAAGCUUGGGCUUCGGUUGCUUGAAGACCUGACAGCACUUGCUGCAGGUGGAUCUGCAAUUUGGUUACGUGUCAAUUCUCUUCAACGGACGUUUGUGCUUGAUAUACUUGAAUUUAUUUUGUCCAAUUAUGUGGCUGUUUUCAGAACUUUGAUUCCUUAUGAGCAGGUUUUGCAGCACCAGAUAUGUUCACUUCUAAUGACUUCAAUUCGUACCAAUUCUGAGCUUGAAGGAGAAGCAGGAGAACCUUAUUUUCGCCGCUUGGUUUUGCGGUCAGUUGCUCAUAUUAUCAGGCUCUACAGUUCAUCGCUUAUCACCGAAUGUGAGGUUUUCCUUAGUAUGUUAGUGAAGGUUAUCUUUCUUGAUUUGCCAUUAUGGCAUCGUAUUCUUGUUCUUGAAAUCUUGAGGGGUUUUUGUGUGGAGGCACGGACUUUGCGGGUUCUUUUCCAGAACUUUGACAUGCAUCCCAACAAUACAAAUGUUGUAGAGGGCAUGAUUAAAGCUCUGGCUAGAGUUGUUUCGAGUGUGCAGGUCCUAGAGACAAGUGAAGAGAGCCUGGCAGCUGUUGCAGGGAUGUUCAGCAGCAAAGCUAAAGGGAUUGAGUGGAGUUUAGAUAAUGAUGCAUCCAAUGCGGCAGUCCUGGUUGCUAGUGAGGCCCAUUCAAUAACUUUGGCAGUUGAAGGUUUGUUAGGUGUGGUUUUUACAGUGGCUACUUUGACAGACGAAGCUGUGGAAGUUGGGGAGCUUGAAUCUCCCAGAUGUGAUAAUGAUCCACCAGCAAAGUGUACUGGGAAAACCGCUGCUCUCUGUGUCUCAAUGGUUGAUUCAUUGUGGUUGACCAUACUUGAUGCACUAUCCCUUAUUUUGUCAAGGUCACAAGGAGAGGCUAUUGUAUUAGAAAUAUUGAAGGGAUACCAGGCAUUCACUCAGGCUUGCGGGGUUCUUCGUGCUGUAGAGCCAUUAAACUCUUUUCUAGCAUCUCUUUGCAAAUUCACGAUAAAUUUCCCCAAUGAAGCUGAAAAAAGGAGCAGUGCCUUGCAGUCUCCUGGGUCAAAACGCUCUGAACCAUUGGUUGAUCAAAGGGACAGUGUGAUACUUACUCCUAAGAAUGUGCAGGCCUUAAGGACUCUUUUCAACAUUGCUCAUCGAUUACAUAAUGUGUUGGGACCAUCCUGGGUUUUGGUAUUAGAAACUCUAGCAGCUCUAGACCGAGCAAUUCAUUCGCCACAUGCCACCACACAGGAGGUCUCCUCGGCCGUCCCAAAGCUUAUGAGAGAAUCAUCUGGUCAAUACAGUGACUUCAAUAUUCUCUCUUCUUUAAAUUCUCAGCUUUUUGAGAGCUCAGCACUGAUGCACCUAUCCGCUGUUAAGUCUCUUAUUUCUGCACUACGCCAGCUGUCACAUCAAUGUGUGGCUGCGACUGCAACUGCUUUUGGACCGUCAUCAAGUCAAAAACUUGGAAGCAUCAGUUUUUCAGUGGAAAGAAUGAUUUCCAUACUUGUUAAUAAUCUUCACAGAGUCGAACCAUUGUGGGAUGAAGUAGUUGGCCACUUUCUUGAGCUUGCAGAAAAUUCUAAUCAGAAUUUACGAAAUAUGGGACUUGAUGCAUUGGAUCAAUCAAUAUGUGCUGUUUUAGGCUCGGACCAGUUCCAGGAAAACACACCAUCCAGACCCUACGAUAAAUCUCAGGAGAUGGAAACCUGGCUGGCGGAGUUGAGAUCACUUGAAUGUUCUGUCAUAUCUCCACUGAGGGUUCUUUAUUUUUCUACUCAAAACAUUGAUGUUCGUGCUGGUUCUUUGAAAAUUCUUCUGCAUGUAUUAGAGAGGCAUGGAGAAAAGUUACACUACAGUUGGCCUGAUAUUCUUGAAAUGUUGAGGUCUGUAGCAGAUGCAUCAGAAAAGGAUCUUGUCACUCUAGGAUUUCAGAACCUACGAGUCAUUAUGAAUGAUGGGCUUGCAAGCAUACCUGCAGACUGUCUUCAUGUAUGUGUAGAUGUGACUGGAGCCUACAGUGCUCAAAUGACAGAGUUGAAUAUAAGCUUGACUGCAAUAGGCCUUUUGUGGACUGCGACUGAUUUCAUUGCAAAGGGGCUGGUCCAUGGGCCUGUGGAGGAAAAGGAAACAGAUGUGCAUUCUAUUCCAAAUCAAACAGAUGGUGAAAAUGAAGAAGAACAAGCACUUGUCAUUUCUGAUAGUGUGAAUGACCAAACUCCCUUGAUAAAUGUGGUUGACAGUGACAAAUUACUGUUCUCUGUUUUCUCGUUACUUCAAAAGCUGGGAGCUGAUGAGAGGCCAGAGGUCAGGAAUUCAGCUGUCAGGACACUUUUUCAAACUCUUGGAAGUUAUGGGCAAAAACUAUCAAAAAGUAUGUGGGAGGAUUGUCUUUGGAAUUAUGUUUUCCCUACAUUAGAUCGUGCUUCUCACAUGGCUGCUACUUCAUCAAAAGAUGAAUGGCAUGGGAAAGAACUGGGAACUCGUGGAGGAAAAGCAGUUCACAUGCUCAUACAUCAUAGUCGAAACACAGCUCAGAAACAGUGGGAUGAGACACUUGUACUGGUCCUGGGUGGAGUAGCGCGUAUAUUACGUUCUUUCUUUCCUUUUCUCAGAAUCUUAAACAAUUUCUGGUCAGGAUGGGAAACUUUGCUUCUUUUUGUAAAGAAUAGCAUUUUAAAUGGAAGUAAAGAGGUUGCUCUUGCAGCAAUUAAUUGCUUACAGACAACUGUUCUUUCUCAUUCUCUUAAGGGGAACUUGCCGAAACCAUACCUUAACUCAGUACUUGAUGCUUAUGAGUUUGUUCUUCAGAAGUCACCAAACUACAGUGAAAAUGCAGCUAGCAAGGUCAAGCAGGAGAUUUUACAUGGACUUGGAGAACUAUAUGUUCAAGCACAAAGGAUGUUUGAUGAUAGCAUGUACACACAAUUGCUAGCAAUCAUAGAUUUGGCGGUUAAGCAAGCCAUAAUAACUACUGAUCACUUCGAAUCUGAAUUUGGAAAUGUUCCACCUGUACUACGCACUGUGUUGGAAAUCUUACCUUUGUUAUGUCCAACUGAGGACAUUUCUUCAAUGUGGCUUAUUCUUCUUCGGGAGCUUUUGCUGUAUCUUCCAAGAUCUGAGUCUCCCUUAGAAAAUGAGGAAGAUGAGUCAGAGCACACAAGUGAUCAUAUUCCAGAUGCCCACGUGAAGAUAAAAGAUGAUAUACCUAACGGUACUACGUCCAUAUCCCUAUCCAAAGUAGAAGCUACAUCUCUGAGUUCUGGAUCAACAACAGCUUUAACAGAAGGCAUCCCGAGUUAUCUGUUUGCUGAAAAGCUUGUUCCUGUAAUGGUAGAUCUUUUUCUACAGGCUCCAGAAAUUGAAAAGCAUAUCAUAUUUCCCGAGUUAAUUCAAAGUCUUGGAAGGUGUAUGAUGACCAGGAGGGACAAUCCAGACGGUGCACUAUGGAGAUUUGCUGUUGCAGACUUCAACCGCAUUCUGGUUGAUGAUGUCAGCAGAUUAACCUUAAAUGGUGGACCAAUUUCAAGUAUCAGUAAACCUGCACGAACACGUAUCUGGAAAGAAGUUGCAGAUGUUUAUGAAAUAUUCUUCGUUGGAUAUUGUGGGAGAGCUCUUCCUUCCAAUUCUCUCUCACUUGUAGCACAAAAGGACGAUGAGUUGCUUGAGAUGACCAUCUUAAACAUUCUUGGUGACAACAUUCUUAAGUCACCGAUUGAUGCCCCUUUAGAUAUUUUGCAACGACUAGUAUCCACCUUGGACCGUUGUGCGUCACGCACAUGCUCGUUGCCUGUUGAGACUGUGGAACUUAUGCCUUCCCACUGUAGCAGAUUUUCUUUAACUUGCUUACAGAAGUUAUUUUCCUUGAGCAGUUACAGCAAAGAAACCAAUCAUUGGAAUUUGACAAGAUCUGAAGUCAGCAAAAUCUCAAUCAUGAUGCUCGUGACCAGAUGUGAGUACAUCUUGAACAGAUUUCUCACUGAUGAGAAUGACUUAGGUGAACGCCCGUUGCCAGCAGCUAGGCUCGAAGAAAUAAUAUUUGUCCUUCAAGAACUGGCACGUCUGAUUAUUCAUUUAGACACAGCAUCCAUCCUUCCUUUGCAUCCACACUUGAAAAGUGGCCUAGCAGAGGAGGAAAGUCAAGACAAGCGUCCUCAUCUGCUUGUUCUAUUUCCCUCCUUCUGUGAGCUUGUUGUAUCAAGGGAAGCACGAGUAAGAGAGCUAGUGCAAGUACUUCUCAGGCUCAUCACACGAGAAUUGGCACUUGAAAAGGUUAGCUUGGCCAGCUGAGUUGUGGAAGAAUACACUUCUAAAUGAUUUAAACCUCAGUCACCUCACAACGUUAUUUGUUUAUAGAAGAUUUAGGUCAGGAAUUUUUCUCAUCCUCCAAUAUUCAGAGUUGUAUAGUAGUUUGUACAUUAUAGGGAAAUUAUCAAUUUUGUUGUAUAUGAUGUGGCGAUUUUUUUUGAAUUGUGAGCAUGAGGUUAGCAUUGGUCCUCUGUUUGCAUGCAAGAGAUGUAUACAGUCCUAUCGAUUCAAAGAAAAAUAUUUUUGGAAAGCUUGCAACUAGCUCAAUUUUGAGUAAGUUGACAGUGCAAAUUAAAAAUUAAUUGAGCAUGAGCUGAGGUUUCACUUU